CCUCUAUCUCUCUCACACCUUGGGGCGCAAGUCCUGCCCCAACCCCCUUCCACUCCGCUUCUUUCCUCCUGCGCGUCCAAUGCGACCUCAUUCUACUGCUAUUACCGCUACGCGAUGUCUUUCUGGAGAAUUCGCUGCCUGUCUUCUUCCCCUUCAUCUUUUUCUUUAUCCUUAGAUAAACAUCUCCAUUCCAUGCUUUCCUCCUCCAAUUCCUAUUCCUAUUUCUGUUCCUAUUCCUAUUCCUAUUCUCAUCCUCUCGCCAAAACCCUCCCCCGCCGCUCCUUUCAAACCCUAGUCUCCGCCCCUCCUCUCUCCUCCUCCGCCGCCGCCCGCCCCAUCUCCUUCCUCUCUGCCCUCCUCUUCCGCUGGCCGCCACCGCACCGCCCCUUCCUCCUCCUCGCCUCCGCCCACCCCUCCCCAAAGGCCUUCUCCUCCGCCUCAUCCGGCCAGGAGCUCGAAUGGCGCGAGGACCACCAUCAGCUGCCGCAGGAGCAUCUCUCGUCGUCGCCGUCGCCGUCGGCGGCGUCCUGCUCCGACGACGACGACGACGAUGGCGGCUACCAGGACCACCUCCUCGAGGUCCAGCAGGAGAAGCAGAGCCGCUUCAUUCCCGUUAAGGCCUACUUCCUCUGCACCAGUAUUGAUUUGAGAAGCUUGCAGUCUCAGAAUGCUUUCAAUGUCAUCCCCCCAAAUUCUCGUGCCGCCAACUAUGUCGUGCUCCGGUACUACGACGUUAAGGGCGAUCCUCAAGUUCUGGAAGCUGGUUUUGGAAAUGAAAGUAAUUGCCACUAUAUGGUUGUUUUUCAGUAUGGUUCAGUUGUUUUGUUUAAUGUUUCUGACCACGAAGCUGAUGGGUAUCUAAAGAUUGUUGAGAAACAUGCAUCAGGGUUGCUGCCAGAGAUGAGAAAGGAUGAUUAUGCGGUAGUGGAAAAACCAACUUUGGAUGCAUGGAUGCAAGGUGGGCUUGACUACAUAAUGCUUAAGAAUUUGAGUAUAGAUGGUAUUCGCACCAUUGGAAGUGUUCUUGGCCAAAGUAUUGCUUUGGAGUACUAUAUCCGGCAAGUUGAUGGAAUGGUAGCAGAGUUUACAGAUAUCAACCGUGGUAUGGAGAAAACCGGUACCUUUACCAUGAAGAGGAAAAAACUUUUUCAAUUGGUUGGGAAGGCAAACUCUAAUUUGGCAGAUGUUAUUCUAAAACUCGGGCUUUUUGAGAGGUCCGAUAUUGCUUGGAAGAAUGCAAAUUAUGCCCAAAUAUGGGAAUAUCUUCGGGAUGAGUAUGAGCUUACACAGAGAUUUGGAAACCUGGAUUUCAAAUUAAAGUUUGUUGAGCAUAAUAUUCGCUUCCUCCAGGAAAUUCUUCAAAAUAGGAAAUCUGACUUUUUAGAAUGGCUAAUCAUUAUAUUGAUUAGUGUGGAGAUCCUCAUUUCUGUCUACAAUAUUGUUCGUGAAUCAUUAUGACAAGAAGCCCUCUGAUAACCACAACAGUCAAAUGGAGGUUAAAAUCUAGAUUUUUUUUUUGUGUUCUUUGGUUUAAUAUUUCCUGACUGUCUUUAUUUGGAAGGGGUUUUAUCUUGUUUC